AUGGGGGAAAAUUCUAUCAUCUUCUUCAUUAUUAGUCUCCUUUUAUUCACCAUUAGGGUUUCAUCAACCGGAGAAUUCAAUACCGGUGGCCUCAGUCGUGAAAGCUUUCCCGAUGGCUUCGUUUUCAGAACAGCAACUUCUGCUUAUCAAGUAGAAGGCAUGGCCAAUCAAGGAGGUCGUGGACCAUGCAUUUGGGAUACUUUUGUUAAAAUUCCAGGAAUGGAAGCCGAGGGUGCUAAUGCAGAUGUCGCGGUUGAUCAAUAUCAUCGAUAUAAAGAGGAUAUAGAUUUAUUGAAAAAUUUCAAUUUCGAAGCUUAUAGAUUUUCUAUUUCAUGGUCCAGGAUCUUUCCAAAUGGAACUGGAGUAGUUAAUCAAGAAGGGGUUGAUUAUUAUAAUAGAUUGAUCAAUUACAUGGUUGAGAAAGGCAUUACUCCAUAUGUCAAUUUAUAUCACUACGAUCUUCCGCAAGCACUUCAAGAUAAGUACUUGGGAUUGUUGGAUCGUCAAGUUGUGAAGGACUUUACGGAUUAUGCCGAGUUUUGCUUCAAGACAUUUGGCGACAGGGUUAAGAAUUGGCUAACAUUCAAUGAGCCUAGAGUGAUAGCCCAACUUGGACACGAUGAUGGAUCGCAUGCACCUGGGAGAUGCUCUAAAGCGUAUGGAAAUUGUUCAGAAGGAAAUUCUAGUACCGAACCUUAUAUUGUAGCUCAUAAUAUAAUAUUGUCUCAUGCAUCUGCAGUUCAAAAAUAUAGAGAAAAGUAUCAGGGAGUGCAAAAUGGACGCAUUGGCAUCGUAUUAGAUUUUGUUUGGUAUCAACCGCUUACUAGAGGAAAAGCUGAUAAUUAUGCUGCCCAAAGAGCAAGAGAUUUUCAUGUCGGAUGGUUUUUACAUCCCAUAACUUAUGGUGAGUAUCCACGAACCAUUCAUAAAAAUGUUGGCAAACGACUUCCAAAAUUUACCAAAGGAGAGGUUAAAAUGGUGAAGGGCUCCAUAGAUUUUGUUGGAAUUAACCAAUACACAUCAAAUUAUAUCUAUUAUGAUUCCAACCGACCUAAACCAGAUGUUCUUGCUUACCAUAUGGAUUGGAAUGCCUCAUUUGCAUAUGGCAAGAAUGGUGUUCCUAUUGGUCCAAGGGUAAAUAAAAUGAGGAUUAUUAAUUGUAGUUAUGCUCACUCUUCUUGGUUAUACAAUGUGCCAAGGGGAUUGUACAACGCGAUUACGUAUAUAAAGGAGCGCUAUGGAAAUCCAUCCAUGAUAGUGUCUGAGAAUGGAAUGGAUGAUCCAGGUAAUGUUACUCUUGUUGAUGGUUUGUAUGACAAUCAUAGGAUUGAUUAUUAUAGGGCAUAUCUAAGCGAGUUAAAGAAAGCGAUCGAUAAUGGUGCAAAUGUUAAAGGCUAUUUUGCUUGGUCAUUACUGGAUAACUUUGAAUGGAGACUCGGCUACACGUCUAGAUUUGGACUUGUUUAUGUUGAUCAUAAGACCCUUAAUCGAUAUCCUAAGAUGUCUGCAUAUUGGUUCAAACAAUUAUGCGAGAAGAUCUCUCAGCACUAG